AUGGCGGCGUUGAAGGGGUUACUGAAAAAAGGUUUAGGAGAAAUGGAUUUCAACACCGGCAGAGGACUUAUCAACUGGUUCCCAGGACACAUGGUUGCUGCCACACGCGUCAUCUGUAACCGCCUUAAACUCGCCGACCUCGUCAUCAUAGUCAGAGACACUCGUAUUCCAUUAUCCUCCAUCAAUGUCAAUCUUCAACCUCACCUUUCCGCUAAACGGCACGUCAUCGCACUCAACAAAAAAGACUUAGCAAUUCCCAACAUCAUGCAUAAAUGGGUGAAUUAUUUUGAGAUGAGUAAGCAAGAUUGCAUUCCGAUAAAUGCUUGCAGUAAGAGUUCUGUAAUGAAGCUUUUGGAACUUGUGGAGGUCAAGUUGAAGGAAGUGAUUUCAAAGGAACCUACUUUACUUGUUAUGGUUGUUGGUGUUCCCAAUGUUGGAAAAUCUUGUUUGAUUAAUUCCAUUCAUCAUAUUACGCAUUCGCGGUUUCUUGUGCAGGAGAAGAUGAAGCGAGCUGCUGUCGGUCCACUACCCGGUGUUACUCAAGAUAUUACAGGACUUAAGAUAGCAAACAAACCGAGCAUAUACGUCCUAGAUACCCCAGGUGUUCUGGUUCCAAGUAUCUCAGACAUAGAGACAGGGUUAAACUUUCUCUCGUAUGGUCUGUUAAAGAUUCAGUGGUGGGUGAGGAGCGAAUUGCUCAAUAGUUUUGGCAGUUCUAAAUACCUGGGAUACUCCAUUUCACUGUAA